AUGAAGCAAGGUUCACACGAACAAGAUGAAGAAGGCUCACAUGAAGAAAACUCACGGCCGAAGACGAAGAAGGUUAGAGGUAUUGUAACUGGAUUUGUGGCUGCAGAUGGAGGAUGGUGGAAUUUGUGCUUUGCUGCUUUUCUUAUAGUUGAGUUAUGGAAUUUGUCCUGGCUGCUGGCUGCAGAUGAGUUUUUUAGUAGGUAUGGUUAUGUCACCCCGGAUGAUGUGCCUGAAUUACUUAAUCAGCAUAUUGGGAAGGGAAAGGUCAUUGAACGACUUUGGAAGGGUCAAAUGGGUGUAUGUGUUGAGGAAGCUGACAAGUUGGAUGAACAUAAGCUUCCGAAUGGAGAAGCUCUGAAGCAUAGCGAGACACGUCAAGAAAAUGGCAGCAAGGAGAAAAAGGAAAGUGUGGCAAGCUGUUGCCAAGGUGGUACUGGAUUCUCAUGUUGCAGAGAUGAAAGUUUGGAAGAAAAACAGGGAAAGAAUGGGCGGGGAAGACUCACAACCUGGGUAAGAAAAUGGGAGCAACGCGAAGUUCUUACAGCUACUGUUGUGGUUGGAGCCGUGGCUAUUGUUGCGGUGGCUUAUAGCUUUUACGGAAGAUCCAAGUGA